GCAAUGGAUAAAUGCAGACACAUUGAGCAGUUGCAGCUUGCUCAAGACCAUUCCAUCCUCAACCCUCAGAAAUGGCACUGUGUAGACUGCAAUACAUCGGAGUCUGUUUGGGCGUGCCUCAGCUGCUCCCAUGUUGCCUGUGGACGAUAUAUUGAAAAGCAUGCACUCAAGCACUUUGAAGAAAGCAGUCAUCCUGUUGUGCUGGAGGUGAAUGAGAUGUAUGUGUUUUGUUAUCUCUGUGAUGAUUAUGUUCUUAAUGAUAAUGCAACCGGAGACCUGAAGUUACUACGAGGCACACUAAGUGCAAUCAAAAGCCAAAAUUAUCACUGUGCCACUCCUAGUGGACCAUCUACGGAUACAAGUGAUGAUUCUUACUUCUUACCUGACGGCACCCAAUCUCUGCUUCAAAAUGAGGAUCGGAUGUGCACUGCGCUUUGGCACAGGAGGAAGAUGCUUAUGGGUAAAGUCUUUCGAACUUGGUUUGAGCAGUCACUCAUUGGGAAAAAAAGGAUUGCGCAAGAAAAAUUUCAUGAGAAAGUGGUAGCGAAGAAAGAAGUGAAGAAAAGACAUCACGAAUUAGACCAUCAAGGGAAAACAGAAUCAGAAAGUAUGCCUCCACGAAAGAGCUUGCGUUUACAAGGUCUAGCUCAGUCCUCCACAGUGGUUGUGGUUCCUGUCCAAGCACCAUCACCAACUCCAGUAUCACCAGUAAAAGACAAAGUGCUAUCUACUGUAGAAGGUGCAAGAGGUAAAAAGGUCAGCGACUCCUUAGUUAAACGAAGGCCAAUGAUAACUCCUGGUGUAACAGGGUUGAGAAAUUUGGGAAAUACUUGCUAUAUGAAUUCUGUUCUUCAAGUAUUGAGUCACUUACUUAUUUUUCGACAAUGCUUUUUAAAGCUUGAUCUGCGCCAAUGGUUGGCUGUAACUACUAGUGAUAAACCAAGAUCGUAUAAGCAUCUGCCUAUCACAGACUCAGUAGUGUAUCAAGUGAAUAAAGGCCAAGAGAAAGAUAGAAGUUUGGUUUGCUCCAGAUACCCAAGUUUGCCAUCAGGACUGAGUGGUGGAGCAUCAAAAGGUAGAAAUAUGGAACUUAUUCAGUCAAGGGAGCCAAGUUCACAAUACAUUUCUCUUUGUCAUGAACUGCAUACUUUGUUCCAAGUCAUGUGGUCUGGAAAGUGGGCCUUGGUCUCACCGUUUGCUAUGCUACAUUCAGUGUGGAGACUAAUCCCUGCUUUCCGUGGCUAUGCCCAACAAGAUGCUCAGGAAUUUCUCUGUGAACUUUUGGAUAAAGUACAGUAUGAAUUAGAGACAACUGGUACCAGGUUACCAGCUCUUAUCCCCUCUUCUCAAAGGAAACUUAUUAAACAAGUUCUGAACGUUGUAAAUAACAUUUUUCAUGGACAACUUCUUAGUCAGGUUACAUGUCUUGCAUGUGACAACAAAUCAAAUACCAUAGAACCAUUCUGGGACUUGUCACUGGAAUUUCCAGGAAGAUACCAAUACAGUGGAAAAGAUACUUCCUCCCAACCAUGUCUAGUUACUGAAAUGUUGGCCAAAUUUACAGAAACUGAAGCUUUAGAAGGAAAAAUCUACAUAUGUGACCAGUGUAACUCAAAGCGUAGAAAGUUUUCUUCAAAACCAGUUGUACUCACAGAAGCCCAAAAACAGCUUAUGAUAUGCCACCUCCCUCAGGUUCUCAGACUACACCUCAAACGAUUCAGGUGGUCAGGACGUAAUAACCGAGAGAAGAUUGGUGUUCACGUUGGCUUUAAGGAAAUCUUAAACAUGGAACCCUAUUGCUGCAAGGAGACAAUGAAAUCCCUCAGACCAGAAUGCUUUAUCUAUGACUUAUCAGCUGUAGUAAUGCAUCAUGGGAAAGGAUUUGGCUCAGGACAUUACACUGCCUACUGCUAUAAUUCUGAAGGAGGCUUCUGGGUACACUGCAAUGACUCCAAGCUAAGCAUGUGCACUAUGGAUGAAGUAUGCAAGGCCCAAGCUUAUAUCUUAUUUUAUACCCAGCGAGUUACCCAGAAUGGAUAUUCUAAACUCUUGCGUGAGCUCCUGUCUAGUAACCAACCUCCCAGUGAAGAAGCUGAUACCUCCUCUAAUGAAAUCCUUAGCUGA